UAUAUUUCAGAUAAAUUUGUUUUUUCGGCUCAGUUGUGAACUGUACGUGUCACUAAACGCUCAUUCAAUCGCGAUCAUUCAUUUUUUGACUUAAUUCACAAAAAUUUUUUAAUUGUAAAAAUGGGUGAAACUCCAAAUCCAGUAAAAAUGACAGUCCCAAAAGUCGAGGAGUUGUCGGAUUAUGUUCGCAAUGCCUUGAACACGGUCGCCAAAAAUGUUGGAUUUGAAAAAUACACGAUGGAAGUGGUGCCGGGAGCGAAUGUCGGCGACGGGUACAUGGGCUUGAUGUUGUCCGUGAGCUACAAAGGAACGAAAAACGGUGGAGUACCGAGUGAAAUGAACGUCAUGUGCAAGAUUCCGCCGUUAUCGGAAGCUAGACGCCAACAAUUCAACACGACACUCAUUUUUCAACGUGAAGUCACGAUUUACAACGAUUACUUGCCACUUGUGAUGCAGUUGCAGAAGGAAAAAAAUUUCGCCGAACAUGAAAUGUUCACGAAUUUCCCAAAAGUGUACUUUGCUGGUAUAGAUGAAAAGUCCGGGGAAGGUGCAAUUAUCAUGGAAAAUUUACGGGAACGCGGUUAUGCGACUGCCGAUCGUGCCAAAACGAUCGAUUUUACGUAUUCGCGCUUGGUGAUGGAAGGUCUUGGACGUUAUCAUGCCUUGUCGUACGCCAUGAAGCACCAAAAACCCGAAAUUUUCGCCAAAUUCAAGCUCACCGAUAUUCUUGUUGAGAUGUUCAGCAAGCCAGAAAUGCAACACAUGUGGACCCAGAUGUACGAUCAAGCCAUUGCCACUCUCAUGCCCGAAGAAGAGACGCUCAAAGCGAAAUUGGUGGAUUUCAAGGAGAAUAUUGUCCCGAUUUUGACGCAUUUGGUCAAUCCGGACGUCGCAGAGCCAUUUACUGUGUUGAAUCACGGCGAUUGCUGGAUCAACAACUUCAUGUUCAACUUCAAUGGCGAAGUUCCAAUCGGUAUCAAAUUUAUUGACUUCCAGGUGGCCAGAUACGUCAGUCCCGUACUCGACUUAAUGUAUUUUAUCUUUGCCUCGACCGAUAAGCAACUCAGAGAUGAACAUUAUGACGAUCUCAUUCGUGCUUAUCACUCCGCCUUAUCAGCAAUGUUGGAAAGAUUAGGCGAAAAAACGAACAAAGUGAUGUCUUUUGAGGCAUUGCAAGCAGAAUUGAAGAAAUUCGGUAAAUUUGGCAUGCCAAUGGCUUUCAUGUUGAUUCCAUCCAUCACGAUGCAAAGUCAAGAUAUCCCCGACAUGGACAAGAUGGCCGAGAUGAUGCAAAAAAUGCAAGCAAAGGGCGAGAAUUUCGGUGAAUCGGAGGAAACAAAGGAAAUGAUGGCAAAAUAUCAGCAACAAACGAUGAAAGUUGGCGCCCGUAUUCGUGAUGUCGUCAUCGAUAUGGAACGUCUUGGAUACAUUUAAGGUUUUACUGUGGCAAUAAAUAACUUUUCUCUCUUUAUCUACGUCA